CCAAAAUUUGUAUCAUUAGGUCACCAUCGGUGACCUCACAUAUAUAAAUACAUAAAUCAGAUAUAAGCCCUUAGUAGUAUCAAUAAUAGUUUCCUGGUGUAUUGAUCUCUUGAUUGAGUUUAAGAUGAGGUGUGGUUUUAUUGUUUUGCUGGUGUUGUGCCUUUAUUUGGGCAUGCAAGUUGAGGCAAACUGCUGUAGGUCUUGUGGCAGCUGCAGAUCUAGCUCGUGUGGAAACUGCGGACAAUCUUGUGCCACCUGUGAGACAUCAGAAUGCAGAAGCAGCUGCAGACAAUCUUGUGGAGGUGACUGCACCGAAGACAUUGAUUGUAACGGUGACUGUGACAAAGAAUCAGUAGUACCAGUUCCAAUUUAUAAUGAGGGUGAAGGUGUACAAAACACCAACCAACAAAACAACAGUGUUGACUUCACUGCCGACCUGACCAUAACUAACACUGUGAACAAUGAGAACAUCAUCCACACUCCAGUGCAUGUUAAUGCCUCCAUGGUGAACAACAUUGAAAUUAAAGGGGGCAACUCCUCAAGGGCUGCACCUUCUAUUAUUCCAUUCCCAUUCCCAUUUCCGAUGUACAUGCCAAGUAGUCAGCCAUGUUCAACCCCAGACAGACCCUGUGUUGCACCCAACCCACCUUGCCCUGGACCUGCUUGCCCCACACCACAAACACCCUGCCAAGGACCUGUGUGCUCCACACCACAAACACCCUGCCAAGGACCUGUGUGCUCCACACCACAAACUCCCUGCCAAGGACCUACUUGCCCUACACAGCAACAACCCUGCUCAGGAGGUGCUUGCCAAACUGCAACCCAAACUUGUACUGGAUGGGGAUGCAUAAGCCCUUGGAUUAACUACAACCAACGUUGUUCUGGAGGUGGAUGUUAUGCUGUAAACCAGUGCCAAAAUGGAGGUUGCUACCCUUGGCAGAUGCAGUACUCAGGAGGCUAUGGAAGAAAAUAAUAAAAAUAAAUUAAAUUUGACAUUAA